AACGUCAUCACACUGCGCGAUCAAACCAACAUAGCAAAGUGCGCAGCUACUUAGCUUGUGCUAGCUGUUACAGAUUAUAGAUCAGUUGAGGACUUUUCUCGCAAAGUUUGAGUUUUUGUUUCCUUUAAACAGAACCAACCAUGGCGAUGCAAGCAGCUAAACGAGCGAAUAUUCGUUUACCUCCAGAGGUGAACAGGAUAUUGUAUAUACGUAACCUUCCGUACAAGAUCACUGCAGAGGAGAUGUAUGACAUCUUUGGAAAGUACGGGCCAAUUCGUCAAAUCAGAGUUGGGAACACACCAGAAACGAGAGGAACAGCCUAUGUUGUAUAUGAAGAUAUCUUUGAUGCCAAAAAUGCCUGUGAUCACCUUUCUGGAUUCAACGUCUGCAACAGAUACUUAGUUGUAUUGUACUAUAAUGCAAACAGGGCUUUCCAAAAAAUGGACACAAAGAAAAAGGAGGAGCAGCUGAAACUUCUCAAAGAGAAGUACGGGAUAAACACAGACCCACCGAAAUAGUCAACAUCGUGUUUUUUUUAUAUUUCUGUUAUUGUUGUUUUCCCUACCUUGCAUCCAUCUCCUUUUCCCUUCACCCCAUUAAGUAAUGAUGUUUUUUUUUUUUAAAUGUCAGUUGAACAGUGUUCAUUACUUGUCAUUACUAAGUCUUGUUAUAUAUAUUGACCCCAUUUCUUUUUCUGUGAGUUCUGUUGAUAUCGAAUAAAUUGGCAUUUAUUCAUCA